AUGAAAAGUGGUAUACCUGGAGUCAUUUGUAAAAUUGAUUUCGAAAAGACGUUUGAUAACGUCUCAUGGGAAUUCGUUGAUGAAGUUAUGCAAAAAAUGAGGGUUGGGGAACUUUGGCGUAAAUGGAUACAUGGUUGUAUUAAUAAUACUCCAUUUUUUGUCUUAAUCAAUGGGUCGUAUCACACAAAGUUCAUUACUGGAAAAGGGCUAACUCAAGGUGAUACUCUUUCCCCGUUCUUAUUUAUGAUAGUUUCGGAAGCUCUAAAUUUGAUGCUGCAAUUGGGUCACGAACAAGAACACAUAGGGGGUUUUGCUAUGAACCAGAAUGGGUUCACAGUGAGUUAUCUACAAUAUGCAGACGACACUUUGGUUUUCUUAGAUGAAUCUCCAGACCAGAUGAAUUACUUGAGAUACUAUUUGAUUGGUUUCGAGAUGGUUUCAGGCCUGAAAAUUAAUUUUGCAAAAUGUGGCCUUUUUGGUGUUGCGGGGGCGAGAAACAUAGACUCCAUGACAGCAAUGUUGGGAUGCAAGACGGAAAUUCUCCCCUCCUCUUAUUUGUGUAUCCCUCUAGGCGAUUCUUCAUCAUCAAUCAAAUGGGAAGCCCUCAUCGAGAAGUGCAAGAGUAGACUUUGCUCGUGGAAAAGAUCGAGUCUCUCGAAAGCGGGUAAAUUAAAUCUAACUAAAAGUGUCGUAUCCAGCAUUCUGAUAUAUAUGUUAUCUUUGUUUAUUGCUCCUCCAAAAGUUAUCAAAGUUCUUGAGAAAGUAAUCAGAGACUUCCUAUGGGACCCUUCGGAAACGAAAAAAGGUUAUCACUAUGUGUCUUGGAAGAAAUGUCGCACUCCUCUCAAAUCAGGAGGCUUAGGUAUCAAAUCCUUGAAGAAUAUGAACAGGGCCUUGAUUUCAAAGUGGUGGUGGCGUUUUAAUAAAGAAAAGACAGCCUUAUGGAGGAAAGCCAUGACCUCCAAAUAUAAUACAAUCCACUUUGAGAGAGAGACCGAAAAGCCGAAACCUCCCAACAAAUACUGA